UGUAUCGACUUCUUCUUCGCACUCAUACCCUUGGCUUUAGCGCAGAAGGAGUGCUUGUUAGCCAAAGAUUCUGGUUUUAUUUGUGAUGAACAAGCGGGUCAGCGAUUUUACUACGAUGCCAAAACAAAACGAUGCCAGCCGUUCUACUACAAGGGAUGUGGAGGUAAUGGAAAUGCUUUCAUGACCCGUGACGAGUGCACGACUAAAUGCUCAGGUGUGAAAGGAACGACCGCCGUUGAAGGUAUCGCAUCACUUUCAACACUUUUAUGGUCAGGGGUAUGCAAGCUCGAGGAUGCGAACUGGCUGGCUGAGGACGACCUCACAUCCGAGCCGUCGAGCUGCUGGAUGAACAACCACAAGAAAGGAGGGACAAAGAAGGGAUGA